AUGGUUGGGUUGACGGCGGGAGAUCCGCACUAUGACGCGAAGAUCGCACUUGUGGGCUGUGGACCCGCGAGCAUCUCAUGCGCAACCUUCCUGGCACGAUUGGGCUACCGAAAUGUGCACAUCUUCGAGCGUGGUGAGCGGAUUGGGGGACUGAGCACGACGGAGAUUCCUCAGUUCCGUUUGCCCGGCGCCGCUGUUGCCUUCGAGUUGCAGAUGCUGCGCGACCUUGGUGUGCGCAUCUUUACGGGACGUCCCUUCUCCGCCUCUGCAGCUGAGGCCUCCGACUCCGUCAGGAAGCCUCAUGGUGUGACGCUGGAUAGUCUGCGUGCUUCAGGCUACAGAGCUAUAUUUCUGGGCUUUGGGUUGCCCAAUCCACACUCCACAGGUGUGUUUGCCGGUCUCACGUCGCAGCAGGGAUUUCUCACCUCGAAGGACUUUUUGCCUUGUGUGUCGGCUGCCUCAAAGGGGUGUUUGGGCUGCGACAACGCACGUCUACCGGAUUUGAAGGGUAAACGCGUAGUGGUAUUGGGCGCUGGUGACACGGCUUUCGAUUGUGCCACGUCGGCACUGCGGUGUGGCGCCUCGCGUGUGACCGUGUCCUUCCGCAAGAGCUUUACCACCAUUAAUCCCGUGCCCGAGGAGAUGGAGUUGGCGUGGCAGGAGAAGUGCGAGUUCUUGCCCAACCUUGUACCGAACGAAGUGCACCUUGGCGGUGAUGGGAGGAUUAGCGAGCUGAGUUUUGUACGGCGAGAGCGCAACGAUGACGGCUCGUGGCACACUGAUCCAGAGCAGGUGGUGAAAUUGAAGACGGAUGUCAUUAUCACUGCCUACGGUGCAGAGUUGGAUGAUGUGGAUGUGUUGAGUGCCAUGAAGGGUGUGAAG